AUGCAUCCAAGGCUCGUCGUCAACGGUGAGGCUGUGAGGAAGAUCGCGGAACCAGUGGAGUUGAGUAAAGCAAAGUGUCUCCGGAGCGGCGGGCGGCCGGUUGGGAAUAAUGAUGGAAAGGUCAUCGAAACAUUGACCAGAUGGUUUCUGCGCAACGCUUUGGCCCCGACAAUCACCGUUGUAGCAAUUACUGACACCGGGCGAGGUGGACCAGGUCUUACCAGACCCAUCGAUGCUAUUUCUGACUAUGCCCCGUUGCAGCAGGAUGCUCCGGUUGGAGCCCGAGGAGAGCCCCACCAUCGAGGUGGAGCAACUAGAGACGCAAACACGUUAAACAAUGCGAUCGCCACCAAAGAGGGCGGCGAGUCGCUUCAUGAAGCGUCCAUAUCCAAAGGCCCCAAGUCGACUAAUAUGGGGAAUUCUCUCGCUCAAGUUAACUUCGCUAGCUUGCGCGCACCCCAUCGGCAUGAUGCAAGAUAA